AUGAAAGUUGUCGCAUUUUUUCUGAGUUUCGCAGUGUCUGUGCUGCUUGCUCGCGCUGCAGCCCCACAGCCAAGCGGCCGCGUUGUGAAUGGAAAGGUCUGGUGCGUUGCGAACCCAGCAGUUCCUCCGGAUUCGCUCCAAAAGGGCCUCGAUUAUGCGUGCUCGCAGGUUGACUGCUCCGCAAUCCAGUACACUGGCAAUUGCGUCUAUCCCGAUAACAUCCACGCGCAUGCCUCUUGGGUCUACAACUAUUACUUCCAGAUGAAAGCUCGCUAUGACUACAACUGUUACUUUGAUAACACUGCCUUGAUCUCUUCGACUGAUCCCAGUAAGUCUCCUGCUACCACUAUUGAUUUGAUCAUUGGAUUUACACGCUAUGGAGGCUGCUACUAUUUAUUCAAGUAG